AUGCUUAUCAUAUUGAUUGACGUAGUUACAAAUAUUCCAUUUGGAUUUACACAUGAAACCAUUUUUUAUGCAAAAUUUUUGAUAAUUUCAAUAUUUUUUGGAUUUUUGGUAUCUCUUUGGAUUUUUACAAAAAAGGAUGAUGGGUUAAUAUUUUUAACCUGUUCAUUAUUCUUACCAGUAUAAUUUUAUAAAAUUAAUAGUUAUUUUUUAUGAGUAUUUCAAUAAUUAUUAAAAACUAUUUUGAAUAGUAAAGUUUGAAUUUUUGCUAACUCAAAAAUAUUUCUUUAAAUGAAUAACCUUUAGAAUAUUUAGUUAUGCUCUCGACAACAUUAACCAUCAACAGAAUUAAUUAUUUUUAAUUUUUUAAAUUCCUUAGUGUUCAUUGUAAUCACUGUAAAGAUAUUUUUUGUCCAUGCUCUUAGGAUUUAUCGAAUUUUACUUUAUAAAAUGGCUAUUUAGAUUAUGAAAUCUUUUAUAUAUGGAUACAAUAUUAAUUUUAAAAAUUAAUAAAAAUAUCAAUGAGAAAGUAGUAUUCAAUGGAAAAUUUUGAAUAAUUAACAAUAAAGUUUUCUACAUUUUUGUAAAAAUAUCGUGAAAAUUCAUAUUUAUCUUAUAAAAGCAUUUAGGAUAUUGUUAUAAAUUUUAAUAGAACUUAAAAGAAUAAUAAAUAAUAUCCUUAAUUUUUUAUGAGUUUAACUAAGAAAAUUCAAUCUGAUACCAAAAAAGAAUUAGAAUAAUUAAAUCGUUCUAAAUUUAUGGUUACAAAAAUGGAAUUUAAAACAUUAACAGAUUUAAAUUUAUUCUUUUUUUAUGAAAAUGAUUUGAUGAUAAAUAUUAAAUAAUAAGUAUAUUAUUGUAAAGAAUUUUGGAUACUCUAUCAAAAUGGUACUCUUAAAGAUUUUAAUGCUUUACUUUUAUAAUCUAAGAAAAUAUUAAAUUAAAUAGAGAAAGUUUAAUAAAUUUAUAGAAUUUUCUAAUAAAAAAGAGAAGAUUCAGAAUAUGAAAAUAUUUUAACUUUUAGAAUUAAUUUAUUAAUAUCUAUAAGUUGUUUAGAUGAUUUAAAUACUUAAUUAAAAAUAGCUGAUAAAUUAUAAGCUAUUUAAAAAGAAUCAUUAUUUACAUCAAAAUAAUAAUUUCACAUUUUAAAAUAUAUUAAUAGUGAAGCUAUUUCUGUAGCAUCUUUGAUAUCUUUUUAAUCAUUUGGUAUGAUUGAUUUAAAAAUAUCAAAUAAUUUUAUAUCAUUUUUUGGAUAUGAUCAUAAUGAUUAAAUAACAUAAAUUGAUUAAUUAUUACCAAUAUAAAUAGGAUAAAUUCAUGAUGGAUUGGUUGAAAAAUUUUUAAUGGUAGGAUAAAGUUCUAAAAUAUAUAAUACUCAAGAAUCUUUUAUAAAAAAUAAAGAUAAUUUUAUUGAAAAUAUUACAAUGUGUUUAACUAUCUCAUUACCAUUAUAAGCUGAUAUUCAUUAUUUUUUCAUUCUAUCACAUUUAUUAAAAUAACAUACUUAUGAAAAAAAAAAUCAAGAUAUUUAUGAAAAAGGGUAUUUAUUAGUUGAUGUUAACUUUUAUGUUUUUGGAAUCAGUGAAAAUAUUUUUAAAAAGAUUACUUAAUUUUCAUAAAAUGAUAUAAUCAAUUUAGAUUAAAUUUAAUAAAAAUUGACAUUAUUUUAAUUGAUUCCUGAUCUUUUUUCAAAAAUGCAAGAAUACUAUAAAAUAAAAUAGCUUUAAAAUUCAAAUCUAGCAAAUUAUGAAGUAUUAUUUUAUAAACAUGGUGGAUCAUUUCAUAUUCCAAAUAAAUAAUUUAUAGAUAAUUAUGAAUAAAAAACAAAAAAUAAGAAUAUUAAUAAUAUAUUAACUAAUAAAAUAAUUAAUAAUAAUCUAAUUGAAAUUGAAAAAUCAUUUAAUUUCUCAAAUAUCAGUUAAUGUUAAUUUUCUAUAGAAUAUUCUGUUGUUUAGAAUUUAUUAAAUCCUCUAAUAAAUGGAAUUAUGUCAGAUUUUUUAUAUUACAAAAUAGAAAUUGAAUUUUAAGAUGAUUCAAAUAAUAGUAAAUCAAUUUUUCAAAUUUUGCCAUCUUAUUAAGAUAUCAAAAAAGAAUAAAUUAAUUCUAAAAAUAAGUCUCCAAAUUAAAGUUAAGUUAUGUUACAAUCAUAUGAAUCAGAGGAUGAUGGAUUUUUAAAUUACCAAUAAGUGAUUGCGUCAUCCACAACAACAUAAAGGAACAACAAAAAUGACCUUUUUUAUUAAGCAAAUCUCUUGAACAAUUUAAUAAGUGAUAAAAGAAUACCUAAACCAAUUCUAAGAUUGAUUCUGCUUUUUAUUAGCUAAAUUUUCAUGCUUCUUACUUUGAUUACUUUUAUUGCUAUGUUCUUUUCCUAAAAGUCAAUUUUACAAUCUAAUUGCAUUAGAAUAGCUACAAUAGAUUUAGACUUUUUAGAUGGUUAUUCUUAAAUGAUGUCAGGAUCUAGACAUGUAAUUUAUUUUCGUGAUUUUUAUUAAAAUCUUUCUGAUUAAAAGUUGAUGAUUGAUAAGAAUAAUAUAGAAUUUAGUCUUAAUAAUAAAUUAUUAAUAUCUUGGAAUCAUAUUAAUCUUGGGAUUACAAGAUUAAUUAACAUAUAUAAAAUACACAGUCAAACCUUAAAUUAAGGUUCUGAAGAUGAUUUAAACAUUUCAAUUAUUAAUAGUGAUUUAAAAAGUAAAAUAGUAUAAUAAGUUAAAGAUUAAUCUACUUAUUAUUAAGUAAUGUUUUAAAUCUUUUUUAUGUCAAAAUAAACAUUCACUUAAAAUUUAUCAAACUUUUUAUAAAAUUCUACUGAUCCUUACACUACUUAAAUUAGUAGAUCUUUAGUUUAUUAUAAUUAUUUUGAUGUAAGUUAAUUAGUUUAGGCAAAGUUAGAAUCUUGCAAAAGUUAUAAUUAUUAUAUUAAUGAAUAUAUUGAUAGGAUAACAUCAUAUUUCUUUAUAGCUUUGUAUUUAAUAAUUUCAAUAAUUGCAAUUAUUUAAUUUAUUUUUUAUUUUUAAAUAAAAAGAUAAAUUAGUUUUUAUUUAAAAUUGUUUAUUUAAAUAGAUGGUUAAGAUUCAAAUAAAUGUAUAUAAAAAUUUGAUAAUAUUCAUAAAAUCUUAAAUAAUUAAUCAAUAGUUUUAAGUAAAAAAAAUUAUGAGAAAAUUAUAGCUCAACCAUCUGUUUAAUAUGAUAAUCUUAGAACUUUAAAUUUUAAUAAUUAAGUAAAUUUUAUUCAACCUUAAAAAUCUAAAGAAAAGUAAAUCAGAAUUGAUAAUCAUAUUUCUUAUUUUUAUCAUAUAUUUGCUCUAGUUUUAAUAUCCUUAAUACCUAUUGUAUAUGCAUUAGCUUACUAAUUAUAUUAUAACUUGAUUUCAGUUAAUGUUACUCCAAUUAAUGAUUAAGCAAUUUAAGCAUAAUAAAUGAGAUUAAAAUUUAUAACAACUAUCAAUAGAUAUGAUUAAUUUUUAAUCAAAUCUUAUUUUGAAUCUUACUGUAAAUUAUCAUAAUUAAACUCUUCAUUUAAAUGUUCUGCCAAUAAUAUCUAUUCAGACAAUCAAAUUUUAUAAUAAAUAGAUAUGAAUGAAACAAUAAUUUAAGAAGAAUUAACUACUUUUUAAUAAUUAGAUUUUUCUAAUUUUUUCUUUAAUUCAAUAAAUUCAAAUUAAUUUAAUUCAGAAGAAAAAUAAUCUAUUUUGUCUAAAGAUACAUGUUUAUUAACAAAUUGUGAUAUGAAGAAAGAUUUAUUUUAAGAAAGGUUGUUUUAAGAAAAUCUAAACUCUUAUUUCUUUUAAGGAAUAAUUAAACUUCAUUAAAUUGUUUCCUCACUAUAUGUUUAAUUUGAUUUAAUAUAUAAAGGUCUUAAUACAACUGAAGCAAAACUACUUGCAAUUGAAAAUAUUAUGCAAGAUAAUGAUUAUUUAAUAUAUAUCCUCUGGGGAUUGGAUGCCAUUUAAUAUCAAAUUGCAUAAUUUUCUCAAUAUUUUGUUAAUACUUCAUUGACAAUAUUGGAUGAUGCUAUAACAAUUAUUUAGCGCAUAAUACUUUCAACUGGUAUUUUAUGUACUUUGACACUUUUACUAAUAUAAUUUUUAAUUAUAUAGAAACAAAUAAAAAAUUAGAGAUUUUCAUCAUUCCUAAUCAGACUUAUUCCUAUUUCAGUAAUAUUUAAUAAAAAGAUUCAUUAAGAAUUAUCAAAUUAUUAAAAAAGAAAAAAUUAUAAUUGA